GUCUGCUACGGGUCCGGUCGGGGGUGUGGAGAAGCCCCAUGAACGCGGCUCUUUCUGCCCGACAACCGAAAUCCCAACGCCACAAUGAUCCCCGAGAAAGGCUCCCGCGGCUGCCGUGGUCGCACAUGGGAAGGAUCUUCUGCAGGGCAGCGUUGAUAGUACUUCUCCAACGACUUCUGUGUCACCUUGUCCAUGUUUCAGUUCCAUACAGUAAGUGCACGUGCAUUUUCUGAUGAAGAGCUUCCCCAAAGAACUGAGCAACAGUUUGAUGGUGGUGUGAAGCCAAAACUUAACAUAAAUCAAAUAGCAAUUACUCAGAUUGUCAACUACAACUUGAGCAGAAGAGGACAAUCAGAAAGAGAAUCUUGGGGGACUUUCACUCACAGCCACCACAGCCCCAUAAAUGUCACAAUUAAUGGAAUUCCCUGCAUUCUUUUCUGGGCCAAAAGGAUAAUGAUUAAAUUUAAAAACCACACUCAGCUGGACCUGACUGAGAAGACUUUUGGCGUUCAUGCGACAGUGGAUGUUGGGGAUUCUAACUGCAGUGAAGACAGUGCAAUGCUUUCACUCAAGUUUGGUGACAUUGACAAUCUGAAAGAUCUUGUUAUUAGAUUCUUAUUGACAAGCAGUUAUUACAAGCUGUCUGUUCAGAACUGGUUUAGUUUACAUAGAGUACAGCUUCUUUACAAUCAUUCUAUACAAGCAACGUUUAAUGCAACCCAAAUAUAUGCUCCAGCAAGUUAUUCCUAUCAUUGUGAACAUGUGAGUAGCUUGCAGAGAUAUGAUGCACUCCUGAUGCCCAGCUCUGCAAAUGAUGUAUCCAGGCUUUGGGAAGUCACUUUUAUCGAUUUCCAGAUUCAAGGCUUCAAUAUUGAAGAAGGACAUUUUGCUUAUGCCAAGGAUUGUGCAUCCUUUUUCUCACCAGCAAUUCUUAUGGGGUUGGUUAUGUCAUUAAUUCUGCUUCUGGUCCUGGCUUAUGCUCUCCAUAUGUUGAUCCACUUAAAGUCUCUUGACAGGCACUAUGAAUGCAAAGCCUCUCCUGCCUAUUUUGGACAAAUGAAAGACAGUGACAUGGCAGAUGAAAAAGAACCACUGAGAAACAAUGGAAAUGAAUCCUAUGAACUUAGAAACCAAGAGUUCUGUAAAAUCUAUAUUUAGCAGUGUUUGACUGCCUCCUUCACAUGGUCACUCUUUUUCUGUAUUUUUUUCUGUCCUGUUUAGCUUAUGCAUUAGCUAAACAUUUCCAUCAAAUGACUUAAUUCAAUCAUUAUAUAUACGUUAUGUAUCAGAUUACUUGUUUAGUUAUUCAUUGGUCUUUAUUUCUUGAUCAUCAGUCAAUACUUUGGAAAGCAGUAUGAUAGAAAAGAUUCCUACUGGGAGUAGGGGAAUUAGUGUGGUGAGGGUCUGCUUUGAUAUUACACAAACAAAGCCCGUAUCUUCCAAGAUAGUUUACAAACCCCUGAAAAAAGGAAUUUCAAAUAAAGGUUUAGAUGUUAUAUAUACGGUAAAAAGAUCUCAUAACUCCUCCCUUCCA